UAAACGAUCAGUUGAAUGUUCGCCAUUUGUUGACAUUGGCAGCAAGUUCAUUUAUUUUGCGUAUUCGUACCAGAUACCAAGGAGCAAAAUAAGGGAUAGGUAUUUCCACAAAGUCAACCAACGCACAACGAUAUACGGAGUAGUCCUAUGAUGUAGAAAAGGUCUAGUUCAGUUAGUGAAGCUGAUGUCUCUACAAACCGCUGUACAGAAAUGUUCCACCAAGCAGACAUACCAGGCAAAGUCCCUGCACUCUCUUCAAAUAUUUCAGACUAUGAGAAAAUGCUACAGAAUCAACAGUAUAUAGCAGGCUAUCGAGAUGUUCCUAGUGGUUCCCAGAUGUUGAUGCCAACACCAUCUGUGCGAGGUCCUAGUUCAGUGGAUUCUGGUUAUGAAACACAGAAUUAUUCCAGGAGACCUUCUAGUAGUGCAAAACCUUUUGGGAGAACUUUCACUGGUGUUGAUGUAGACAGUUCAGCGGUCACUCAGUCUUACAAUCCAGGGAAAUAUGGAGUUGUGACAUCACAGCAGUUCUAUGAUACAUCCUAUUUCCCCAAGGAACUACAGAAUCCAGUUGCCAGUGUUGACUAUCAGAGUCAAGGUAUACUGAGAGACAGACAUUCAUACACCAUAAGUGACAGACAGCAUGAUGCAGACCAUGGAUUCCAUAGUGACAAUCAAAUAAAACAACCAUACUCAAAUGUGUAUGUAACAGACGAGCAGCAGACAUACUCAGUAAAUCAAAGCACCUACCCAGCAGGACAAGACCAGGCAAGAAACCGACAUUCCUGCCACGGAGAGGAGUAUGACACCGACUAUACAUCGCCGAUGACAACACCUCCGACACUGAGUGAGCAUAAUAUACAUUCCACUUAUCAGUCUCCGGUGAAAAGCCAGUCGUAUGUGAGAGCUGACUACUAUGAUGUCGCACACGAGCCGGCUGGCUAUGGCAGGUCUGCGAGUUCAUCUAGUCUACAGCAGUGGCAGCAACAACACAAGGACCAUCUUCUCCAACAGCAGCUGGAAUCACAGGCUCUGUAUGGAGGAAGUCAGACAAGCAUCGAGGGAGUUUUCCAGCAACUCCGACUGAAAGAGGAGGAUUCGGCACGACUAGACCCCGUGCGUCGUGCUGCUGACAACAUCAUCAGAGAAAAGGAUGCCGUUAUCAACAGGUUGAAAAAGCAUGUGUUUCAGCUGGAGGAUGAUAAGCUGUCCCUGGAGAAGAAAUUGAGACAUUCUCUCACUGGCAGAGAAGGCAGGGAGGAAUCUGGUCAAAUGAGAAUACAGGAGUUGCAGCAUAAGAUUGCAUGUUUGAAAAAUGAACUAAUUGCUUCGAGUACACAGAAAAAUGAAGACAUAGAUUCACUGGAAAACAAACUAGGAGCAACUGAGUUUGAGAAUUCACAACUGCGAAAAGCACUGAAGGAAAAGCAAGCACAUGUAGAUUCAAGUAUUUCACAGCUGUCUGAGAAGGAGCGAGAGCUGGGAGAGUGGAAGUCCAAGUGUCUGGAGAUGAAGGAGAGUCACCUGGAGGCGCGCAAGAAGCUGGACCAGCUCGAGCUCUAUCUCGGGGAUCUGCCCACAGCCGAGGCCAUGGCGCAAACAGAGAUGAAACUGCACAAAGUGAAGCAGCAGCACCAGCAGUCGGUGAUGCAGGUCGAGGACCUGGAAACGAAGCUGAGUGACACCAGGAAGCAGCUGACCGCGCGGGACUUCACCGAGCAGGAGCUCCAGCUGACGGUCAAGCGGCUGUCUGACCAGGUGGACGACCUCACCAGCGAGGUGGACAGCCUGCGGUCCGAGGGAGUGGGCGCCACACUCUACCAGAUUCAGGAGGAGCUGCAGGAGAUGAGGGAAGAAAAAGAGAGGCUCGCUAUUGACCUCGAAAAGGCUAAAAGGUUGCUGGAAAAAACUGUGAGGAACUUGAGACGAUCUGAACAAAAAUAUCAGAAUGAUGUGCGUCAGCUUUCUGAACAGCUGAGCCAUGAGGAAGAAUCCGUGACUUUGUUGAGGGAAGACAUCGCCAGUAAGGAUGAACUCAUUGAAAAUCUCAGGAAAAAUAUCAAAGAGCUGGGAAGUGAGAACCAGGACCUGAUGGAAGAGAAUCUGAUCACGAAGGAGCACCUGCAGCACUUUGAGGCGCAGCUCACUGAUGAAAGUGUGCGACUCCAGCGCAGGCUGAUGAUCGAGCUUGGACUGUGUUUCUCCAACCUCCAGUCCCUCGUACAGAUCUGCAUGCAGCGCGUCAACGGAGAGGACCCCAACAUGUCCAUUCUCCUCGGAAUCAAUUCUUCAAGUUCUGAAGCAGAUGAUUUACCGACGAAGGUUGAAGGGCAGACACUCAAGCACUGGCUGACGAGGGUUGCCGAACUUCGAGAAGAGAUUGACAAACUAAGAGGAAUAAUCUGUAACAAAUACGCUGAAGAUAUGGGGGACAAUUUGACGUGUAAUCCACAAUAAGGCUGCUAUUCACAUUGUCAGUAUAGGGACAGAUCCAGGAGAAUGUGUUAGGGGAAGGAUACACCUUACCACCAGGAACAUCGGAGUACCCAAAAGUACAUUUGUUGUCAGGGAGAUGUUUCAGGGAAAGAUUGUUUAUACACAAUGCAUGUUAUUGCACUUAGAAAUAUUGAAGUUAUUUCCCUUCUCUAAAAUAAAUCCUACAUUAACAUAAAUCCAGUAUCUUCAGUAAAAUAACAGAUAUAUCAUCAUUAGAUCUGAUAUGCAGUUACUGAGUUUGUUUGAGCACUCUGUGAUACUUGAGAUUUCCAGUGAUUGUUUAUCAGUAUUCAAGUUGAAGUAUAUGUAUAUACCCAGUCUGUCUCAGGGAUCAUUUAUAGUGAUGCUCUACAAUUGUUACUACAUUAUCAUUUGCCUCUUUAACUUGAAAUCCAUUUUCUAAAGAUCAAGAAUACAUUUGAUUCUCAUUUUUUAAAUUUACCGUGGCAAAAUGCCAAGUAUGCUAAAUGUUUUGCAGUAUUUGUCAUCUGUAAUUCUUGCAUCUUUUUAUUCUAUUCCUUUGACUGUGAUGCCACGAUAGUUAUGACCACAGAUGGCAGUCGGGCAUAAUGACCCAUCAACUUUGGAAGAGUAACUGGCAUUUUACUUUUUUAAUACAUUUGUGCAUUUAGUCUCUCUCUUAUUUUUUUAAAUUGUAUUUUCACAGGAAAAUACUAUAUGAGUAUUAUUUUGGUAAUCUGUAUUGAAGAGAUGAUAUGUUAUAUAAUUUUUGUUUUUCUAUAAUUGUUUGUGACAUGAAAAUUUUAUAUUUUAUUUGGAAGUCAUUAGGUUAAUUACCUCAAGACAAAACUAUGCAAUUUGUGUUUGUUAUUAUAUAUUGUAAGAUUUCUUUACAAUGACAAAUCAAAUCAUUAUAUCCAUCCACAAACUGCCAGGUCCAUUGGUACAAGAGAUUUCAGACCUUCCAACAUCACUCAUGAAAGGGACGCAUGUAAUUACCAGUGUCAUGAUUGUAAAUUCGUUAAACAAAUUAUUAUACUUUUCCUACUGAUUAAUAUAGUAACAUUACAAUAAAUCAUCAUGACCAUGACUGAUCAUAGUUUUUCAACAGUGUUCUAAAUAAAAAAUAAUUACAUUGGAAUAGUUAAAAGAUGAAUGUGUUCUGUUUUAGACAUUGUUUACCACUAAUAUUUUAAGUUCCCCCUCCUCCCACAUGAUUAUUAGGAAUGAAAAUAAUUCAUGACAAAUCCCAUACCAUGGCAGAUUUGUUAUAAUGUCAGAUGUGAGCAUGGAACAAAUGUGGUCAUUGUAAUGAGGUCUGACUCGUGUUCAUAUUGAACAUAUAAUUUGUUGUAAAUAGCUCAAAUGUACAGUGAAUGGUAUUAUCACAGAACACCAAUAUUUUCCUAGUCGGUUGAUUUACAGUUCAUUCUUCUAGCUUAACUUGUAUGAAGGACUCUUUGCUUUGAAGGCCAUACGAGAUUGAUUUCAGUUUAAUACUUUAGCAAGAAUCGAAGAAUCCUGACCAACAUGUUGAUCUCGUUUUCCCCAACUCUUUACAUUUUAAAUACUAACAACAUAAAUAUGAGUGGGUCUAACAUAUGGUAAUUGCGAUACUUUAAUGAGAAGAGAAACCUGCAGCUACUUAGGCUGCUCCUUCAUUCACUUUGGAUAAGGCCAGUUCUGGAUGUCAGCCUUUAAAAUGUAGGGAAGAAAUUAAACUUUUGGUAUCAUUUCUGGGAUUUUCCAUAUUUAAGCUCAUUAAACUGCACCAUAUUUAAGUCCAUGGACUAUUAUCGUAGUUGCAAGUAAUAUAUUUAAUUAUUUUCACAUUUAUGGUAAAAAAGAAAAAGUCUGCAAAUUAAUGAACCCCAUACAAUUUUUGAAUAAUUAACUUGAAUUUCGUAAUAUCAAAAUUGUAAUGUACUGUCAGUGGCUUUGCCAGAAAUGUUUAGGUAAAAACAGAAACUACACAUUAUUAAAUGUAUCCAUCAAGAACCCAUCUUCAUAAAUCAAGGCUAAUAUUCGUUCCUCGUAUUCAGCCUUGAUACAUGUCAAGAAAUCGUGCCACAAAAUGCUUAAAUUUCAUUGAAUGCGAUGAGAUCUGAUUGCAACGAAUCGCAACACUCCUUAUAGAUUCCCUUGUUAUUGUAAACAGAGAUGGCAGCGUCGGUGUCCAGCGGUUUUCGAUAUUGCUUUCAAGAUUGUCACAUGUUACCGAUGCUGUGAUUGGCUAGAAUAUAUGCUGCCACCUCGAGAUGAAGGCAGUUUAAUAGCAGCCCCACAAAAUCCCAGUUGAUAGCAUCUUCUGUGACAUUUAAUAUUGAAAUUGUUUUACACAUAACAAAGAUUGUCAAUCAGCAAUAUGUACUCCAUUCAUAUCCUAACUUACACUUCUUUUAUUCAAAUAUGAAUAUUUUUCAACUUCUUAAUUUAAGCCCUGAGCCUAAUUUUGGAUAAUUCUUAUCUUUUCCUGUGGUAUUUUCCAUAUUUAAAUCCAGGGCUAAAAAGGAAGUAUUAAAAUAGAAUAAUAAUGCAUUCAGGCAUUAUGUAGGUAACAAUAUAUUUUAAAUGUAAACUUACCAUGUACUGAAAAAUAAUAAUAUAAGCAUAAUUAAUAGAUAUUUUAUAAAUAGUUGUCCAUUUUUAGAUGGUACAUAAUUGUUAUUGAUUAUAAAUAGUUAAUUUAAACUGUUAUGUUAGUAUAGUAUCAUCUCAUUCAGACUAUGUCUGUGAUAACAAGUUUCUGUGAUUGACAUGUCAAGUAUUAUUUCCAUGUAUUGUACAAAUUGUAUUUUUGUGUAAUAUUAAUUUAAUUAUAAUACAUAUUAUUUCAACACUUACCCUGUACAAAAACAUUCCAUCCAUGCUGACACUGGUGCUAGUUGUUUUAGCAGGAACAACUUAUAAGAAUAACUGUACAUUUACUUAUUUAAAAUAUAGAACCACUUUCUUGCCAUGUGUAUUAAAAACUGGUUUCAUGACAUAACAGCUGAGGAUCCAUUCUCAUCACACCACCAAGAGAGGUAAUAUGGGAUUUGAAAAUAGUUCAAAUACUUGCUAAUUGUUUGCAUAGUACACCGGACAGUCCCAGGAUCAUACCAAGCUGAAGAUAAUGGAGGGAUGGGGUGUAGUGAAAAAUAUCUGUACUGUUAUUGUCUUUCCUCCAGCUACACAAAAAAAAGCACACCUAAUGUAAAAGGGAACUAAAUCGGCAUUAUUAAUAAAUUAGAAUUGUCCAAACAAAAAGUAAAUAAAUAAACUAUGAAAAUAACUCACGAUAAUCAUGGGGGGGGGGGGGGAAGGAGGGGGACGGGGACCCCACCCCCAAAAACCAUCAUCAAUGCAUGUAAGAUUUAAAAUAAAAAGAAACGCAACCUUUUAGAACCAACAUGUAGAACAAGAAACAAUAAUCGGUUUUUAUCGGCAAACAUUGAGAUUCUAAGAUAACUUAUAAAAUUUAAAAUAACUUGUCUGUCAGUCAGUGGUUACUUUAAAAUAUAAAUCCAGCUAUCAACUGUAGUUUUCUUGUAGUUAUGAAUUGUACGGAAUGACAACAUUCUUAUUUCUGAAUGAAGACAUUUUUGUAUUCUCUCUCAGUUUUACGAUGGCUUUAAAAUGCUAUCGCAAAUCAAUUUUAGAGUAGCUUUUGCUAUAGCAUUGCCAGUUGUUGCCAUGAAUUUCAAAGGGUGAAGACUGUAACGAAUUAUUGUCUGUAUAUUGUAUCUCAUUAGCCAUUGACUGCGAUUAUUAGUUCUUAAACAUUCCAACAACGGGUGAAACAACAGGUGAAUGUUUAUAAAGAAAAACCUGCAAGUUUGCUAUGAAAAUACUGAAUGCUGUCAUCAAAUAGUUGUAUUUAAUUGUUUUAUUAAUAUGUUGUAUAUGUAAACAUGUUGCUAUAUGUAUAUUGUUUAAUAAAAUCAAAUGAUCUGUU